CGCGGCUCCCGCCCAACGGCAGCGGCAGGGGCGGCGAAGGGGACCGAACCCCGAGGGCGAGGCGCCGGCACCCGCUGCCGGCGAAAGUUAUGGGAAGCGCGACCAUGGACGCCAAGAAGAAGAAAGAGGCCGGCGGCCCUGGCGGGAGCGGCGGGAAGAAGAACCCCGGCCCGAAGCGGCGGUCGCUGCGGGUGCACAUCCCGGACCUGAGUUCCUUUGCCAUGCCACUCCUGGAUGGAGAGCUGGAGAGCGCGGAAAAGCAUUCCUCUCGCAAGGUGGACAGCCCCUUCAGCUCGGGCAGCCCUUCCCGGGUGCUCUUCUCCAGGGGACCCCAGCCCUCCAGCCCCGUGUCGGCUCCCGUGCGGCCCAAGACCAGCCCCGGCUCUCCCAAAACCGUGUUCCCGUUCUCCUACCAGGAGUCCCCGCCCCGCUCGCCACGGCGCAUGAGCUUCAGCGGCAUCUUCCGCUCCUCCUCCAAAGAAUCUUCUCCCAACUCCAACCCGUCCACCUCGCCCGGGGGCAUCAGGUUCUUCUCCCGCUCCAGAAAAACCUCCAGCGUCUCCUCAUCCCCAUCCACACCCACCCAAGUGACGAAGCAGCACACGUUUCCUCUCGAGUCUUACAAGCAGGAGCCCGAGCGUUUAGAAAACCGCAUCUAUGCCUCCUCUUCCCCGCCAGACCCCACCCAGCGCUUCUGCCUGGCCUUCCACAGCCCGACGCGGCCUCCACUGGCGUCCCCGACGCACCAGGCUUCCCCCAGAACCGCGGCGCUGGCGGCGGCCCCGGGACCCGCGGAAGCCGGCAUGCUGGAGAAGCUGGAGUUCGACGAGGAAGCAGAAGACUCAGAAAGUGGCGUUUACAUGCGAUUCAUGAGGUCCCACAAGUGCUACGAUAUCGUUCCAACCAGCUCCAAGCUCGUUGUCUUUGACACCACCUUACAAGUUAAAAAGGCCUUCUUUGCCUUGGUAGCUAACGGGGUCCGCGCAGCACCGCUGUGGGAGAGUAAAAAGCAGAGUUUUGUAGGAAUGCUAACAAUUACAGACUUCAUAAAUAUACUACAUAGAUAUUAUAAAUCACCUAUGGUACAGAUUUAUGAAUUAGAGGAGCAUAAGAUUGAAACAUGGAGGGAGCUAUAUUUACAAGAAACAUUUAAGCCUUUAGUGAAUAUAUCUCCAGAUGCAAGCCUCUUCGAUGCUGUAUACUCGUUGAUCAAAAACAAAAUCCACAGAUUGCCAGUUAUUGAUCCUAUCAGUGGAAAUGCACUUUAUAUUCUUACCCACAAAAGAAUCCUCAAGUUCCUCCAGCUUUUUAUGUCUGACAUGCCAAAGCCCUCCUUCAUGAAGCAGAACCUGGACGAGCUUGGCAUAGGCACGUACCACAACAUCGCCUUCAUCCACCCGGACACGCCCAUCAUCAAGGCCUUGAACAUCUUUGUGGAGAGACGGAUAUCGGCCUUGCCCGUGGUGGAUGAGUCAGGAAAAGUUGUAGAUAUUUAUUCCAAAUUUGAUGUAAUUAACCUCGCUGCUGAGAAAACGUACAAUAACCUAGAUGUGACCGUGACUCAGGCGCUGCUGCACCGAUCGCAGUACUUUGAAGGGGUUGUGAAGUGCAGUAAGCUGGAGACACUGGAGACCAUCGUGGACAGGAUAGUCAGAGCUGAGGUGCAUCGGCUGGUGGUGGUAAAUGAAGCAGACAGCAUUGUGGGGAUUAUCUCCCUGUCUGACAUUCUGCAGGCUCUGAUCCUCACGCCAGCAGGUGCCAAACAGAAGGAGCCGGAGACGGAAUGAGAACCGUGCGCGUCCGCCCUCCUAGGAGAACUUGAACACACUUUUUCUGGGUCACGUUUUGCCUCAUGAACACUGGCUGCAAUAGAAGAGAAUAAAGUGGCUAAGAAUGUAUUAGCAGGGGUUAGUGAUGGGUAUUUUUUUCUCCAGUGAUGUCAGCUUAAAAAAGAACGAUUUUGUGUGCUUGCAGCUUUCAGGCCUGCAUUAAAAGACAGUUUUCAGACCUUCGUCUGAAGGAUUUUAAAUGCUGUAUGUCAUUAAAGCGCACUGUGUCCUGAA